AUGUUCACCCUGUUCCUCCUCCACCUCUUGCUGGCCGGGGUGCCCUCCGUUGGCGCCUCUGACCUCCGGGAGGGAGACCCCACGGGGCAGAAGCCCCCUGAGUUUUCUGCCCUGACUCUCAACCUGCCAGACUAUACCUCCCAUCAGGCACAGGUGGGGAAAGGAAGCCCGCGAGGGUGACCAUUUGGAAAGGCUGCUGGGAGAGGCGGUCCCCGCGCCCGUCCCUUUUACCUCUGUCGGGAGCACAUCCUCCAGCGAGCAAGGACGGUGAUGUGCCAGCUGCUACGAUUAGACCACCCACCCCGGCUGACAGCCAGCGUGACUCGCCAGGUGCAGGAAGACUGGGCCAGAGAGGGAAGGCGGUCUUUGGACCCCUCCGUCGGAGGACGGCAUCUCAAUAUAACCUCCAAUCAGACAUUGGUGAGCCGAAGAGGAGGCUGCUUACAGAUCUCGCAACGCGUCACCCUGGAUGAUCUUGGCUGGCAGAAUUGGGUGCUGAGCCCCACUUCCUUCGUCUUCACCGAAUGUCUGGGCUGCCAUUGCCACCGAAUCAAAGAAGAGUCACAGCUGGAUCUCUGGAGUCUGGCUUGUGGCCUCCACCAAGGCCAGGUGGAUGCCCAACAGAGACGCUGCUGCCGGCCCCGCAAGGCCCUGCUCCCCUUCCUCUUCCUCAAAGAGGACGGCUCCUUGAACCUCCAGACCGUUCGCCUGGCCCACGACUGUCACUGCCGACCCUGA